GAAAGAGGGAAAGAUAGGAGGAGAGAGAUAGAAAGAGGGGAAUGAAUGAGAGAAAGAGACAGACAGAAAGAAGAGAGAGACAGAAAGAGGGCGAUAGGAGGAGGGAGAGGGGCGGGGGUAGGAACCGGGUCAGACAGAGACUGCGGCGCCGCGGACCCCCUCCUACAGGUACAGUAGCUCCAUCCCCGCCUCCUCCCCCGGCGCUGCGGACGCACUCGCUCCCGCUACAGAGGCUCCGGCUCCGGGCGGGGCGGCCCCGAUCCCCGCUGCUCUCCGGGGAACGCACGCCAGGCGCUCCGAGUCUGAGCAUUCACAAAGAACUGCAAUAGAUUCAGUGGAAAACUGCAGACAGACACGGACUGGCAAGCGACCGGUCUGCAAAAGAAGACCGACUGUGAAGAUAUAACGGAUUUAUACCGGGGGCGAGAGUUGUAGAGCGCACAGGGCAAAGCAUUGAGGCAGAGCCGUAGUUUUCCACCGCACGUUGUGGGGGUCUCUGGGUCGGAGGAAGGGACGAGCGGACUGCUGGUGGCCCCGGCGAGCGGGGGUCGGCCGGUGGGGGGCGGCGAGCCAGCGCGAUGCAGUGGCGGACGGUGCUCACCAUCCUGCUGGUGGUGCUGGCUUACCUGGUGGUGGGGGCCGCCCUGUUCCGGCUGCUGGAGCAGCCCUUCGAGCGGGAGCGGUGGGCGCAGGCGGCCGGGGCGCGGGAGAGCUUCCUGCGGGAGCACCGCUGCGUGGACUCGGCGCACCUCGACCUGCUGCUGGAGCAAGUGCUGAUGUCGAUCGACGCGGGUAUCGACCCCAUUGACAACUCCACUGAGAUCACCAGCAACUGGGACCUCAGCAGUGCCUUCUUCUUCGCUGGCACAGUCAUCACCACCAUCGGAUUUGGGAACAUCUCCCCGAAGACGGAUGAAGGCAGGAUGCUGUGCAUUGUCUACGCGCUGGUGGGAAUUCCGAUGUUCGGCUCUCUCCUGGCGGGAGUGGGCGACCAGCUGGGAUCCGCCCUCGGGCAGCUGAUCGGAAAAGUGGAGGAGAUCUUCCUGAAGUGGGAGGUCAGCCCGACGGCCAUCCGCGUCCUCUCCACCCUCCUCUUCAUCCUCAUCGGCUGCCUGCUCUUCGUCUCCACCCCGGUCCUCGUCUUCCAGUGGGUGGAGGGUUGGACCACGCUGGAGUCCAUCUACUUCGUGGUUGUCACCCUGACCACCAUCGGGUUCGGGGAUUACGUCGCAGGCGGGGAUGCCCGGCGGGCUUACAAGGCCUGGUACAAGCCCCUGGUCUGGUUCUGGAUCGUCCUGGGCCUCGCCUACUUCGCCGCCAUUCUGUCGAUGAUAGGGGACUGGCUCCGGGUGCUGUCCAGGAGGACCCGCGAGGAGGUCAGCGGAUUCACGGCACAUGCCGCUCACUGGACCGCCAACAUCGCCACCGAUAUCAAGGCCUCCCGCUGGGACCGCCUGACCCCCCGGGAGGUCUCGCUGGGUCAGGAGGCUGUCCCCAAGAGUGAGGGGAUGGGAGCAGGAUCGCCCCCUUCACCGUCCCGCGCCGACUCGCCCCGCCCCGACUGCUUGCAGCCUAUUGACUUCCUGACGGAGAACCUGGUCUUCAUCGACACUGAGGAUUCGGAGCGCAGCCCCUCUCCCCUGCCCUGGGCCCGGGGCAGGAGGCGGACCGGCAACAGCCCCCACCCUGGCCGGUCCAGGCCCCUGCUGGAGCCCUCUCUCAGGGCAAAGGAAGGGGCCGAGAGCGGGUGAUGUGGCGGGGUUGGUUGGGGGAGGGUGGGGUGUGGUUUGGCAGAAAGGGCUCCUGAAAUUCAGGGAGAGGGCGCCAGGGCAAGGAGGAGGGAGUAUGGGCGCUCUGUUACCCUGGCAACAGUGUCAGAGGCCUGUUCUAGGCCCGGAAGCUGGUGUGGGGACCCUCUGCCCAGACUUCUUGGCCUAAGGGCAGGGCCUCCCUUAUUGAGUGGGGGUGGGGGUGGUUUUGUUGUCUGAGGGGAAGGGAGGGAGAACCUGUGCCCUAGGGAUCUGGGCCCAAGUUGUGUCCCAAGGCCUAGGCCCCAUGUAUCACCCCAUACUUUUGCCCUGUGUGUGUGUGUGUGUGUGUAUGUCCGUCCACCCUACCCUGGUCCUGCAUACGUGCCCUAGGCCUCUGCCCGUGCAUGCAUCCCCCCACACCAUGGGCUCUCCAUCACUCCUUCGAAAGUGUCCACCCAAGUUAGAAUAUAGAGAGAACAGAAACGGGCCCUUUGGCCUAUAAUCUCUGUGCCAAGCUAACGAAACAGCUGACUAAACUCAUUCCUCCUGCUCCACCAUGGCCACAUCUUUCCAUUUCCUGGGCAUUCAUGAGCCUGUCUAACAGCCCCUUUCGUCUCUGCCUCCUAGGGUCGCCAACUUUCUCACUCCCGAAUAAGGGACAAAAGUAGCAGUCAAAUCCCGGGACACUUGUGUUUACCCUGAGAAAGACUACCACGACCAUGAAGCCUUGCGCGGGCACCUGUGUGGGCAUGCGUGACGUGUACCUGCCGAUUUUUUUUUCUACAAAUCGGUUUUGGCGAUUCUGUUCAGUAAAACUACACUGGAUGUACAUUAUUUCUACUUUAUAUAGACUGUGUAUUUAUCAUACCGUUCCUGCUUUUACCAUAUGUUAGUGUUACUUCCGGUUUUAUGUGUUAUUUGGUAUGAUUUGGUAGGGUCUGGGAACGCUCAAAGAUUUUUCCCGUAUAAAUUAAUGGUAAUUGCUUCUUCGCUUUACGCCAUUUCGGAUUACGGACGGUUUCAUAGGAACGCUCUGCCUUAAUGGGGGGAAAUAUGGGACAAGGGCGGUCCCGUAUGGGACAAACCAAAUUUAGCCCAAUAUACGGGAUUCCCCAGCUAAUACGGGACAGUUGGCAACCCUACUGUCUCCACCACCACCCUCGGCAGUGCAUUCCAGGCACCCACGACUCUCUGUGUAAUAAAAAACUCACCCCUCGCACCUCCUUUGAACUUGUCCCCUCUCACCCUAAAGGCACGCCCUCUGGUAUUAGACAUUUCUACCCUGGGGGGUGGGGGGGGGAGACUCCGACCAUCUAUCCUAUUUCUUACUCUCUUAACGCCCGUUACGCUGUUGGCGUUUAGGGCGGCCAUGAUGGUCUGUCCAUACACAGAUGUAGAGGAGUUCCAUAUCAAUUUCAUUUUUGACCACAGGGUUGUUGGCCCUGAACCUGGAGGACUGGUGGGCCACUCUUAGUCUGGCCUCUCCCCUUUGACCCUGUUUGGCAUGGGUGACCCAAAGCACAAAGCCCUGACCUCAGCCAACACAGCCCUCCGGGUCAUCGAGGCAGGCAAGCCUCCAAACCCAGUGACGAGGUUGAGGUCCUCUUGGAGGGUUCCUGUCUCUGCUUCUCAUAUGAAUUGAAUAAUUUUAUAACCCCAGGGUUCUGAAAAGGGUGGGGAAGGCAGGUGCAAUGAUCUUUUAGGAAUCACUGGAUUCUGGAAUGGUUCCGGAAGACUGGAAAAUUGCAAACGUCACCCAUCUCUUCAAGAGGGGAGAGAGGCAGAAGAAAGGAGAUUCUAGGCCAGUUAGCCUAACCUCAGCGUUUGGGGAGGUAUUGGAGUCGCGUAUUAAGGAUGAGGUUUUGGGGCACUUGGGGGCCACGUGAUUGAAACAGGCCAAAGUCAGCAUGGUUUUCUAAAGGGGAAAAUCUUGCCUGGCAAAUCUGUUGGAAUUCUUUGAGGAAGGAUAGGCAAAGGAGGGUCAGUGGAUGUUGUGUACUUGGAGUUCCAGAAGGCCUUCGACAAGGCGCCGCACAUGGGUUAAGAGCUCCUGGUGUUACAGAAAGGAUUCCACCAUUUUCUUACUUAUCGGUGGGCGGCAAUCCCUUUGCACCUCUGAUUUUUAAAAUUUUCUCUCCAUUUGGAAAGUAGUCCACUUUUGAUUUCUUCUACCAAAGUGCUUGACCGUACACUUCCCGACACUAUAUUCCAUUUGCCACUUCUUUGCCCAUUCUCCUAAUCUGUCUAAGUCCUUAUGUAGCCUCUACUUCGUCAACACUGCCUGCCCCGCCACAUAUCUUUGUAUCACCAGUAAACUCGGCCACAAAGCCAUCAAUUCCGUCAUCCAAAUUGUUGAUAUAUAACGUGAAAAGAAGCGAUCCCAAUACCAAGCCCUAUGGAACACCUCUAGUCACUGGCUGCCAAUCAGAAUAGACCCCCCUUUAUUCCAACUCUUUCCCUCCUGCCAAUCAGCCAAUACUCUAUCCAUGCUAGUAUCGUUCCUGUAAUAACACAGGAUCUUAUCUUGUUAAGAAGCCUCACGUGUGGAACUUUGUCAAAGGCCUUCUGCAAACCCAAGUACACAACAUCCACUGACUUUCCUUUGUCUACCCUGUCGAUAUCCUGGCCGACUUUUAAAAACUUACAGAAGGAAACUAAGAAAGUCAUUAGGAAAAAAAAAGCUGAAUUAUGAAAGUAAGUCGGCGUUCAACAUAAAAAAGGAUACUAAGAGUUUUUUUUCAAAUAUAUGAAGAGUAAAAGAGUGACAUGGGUAGAUAUAGGGCCGAUUGAAAGUGAUGCUGGAGAAAUUAUAAUGGGUAACAAAGAGAUGGCAGAGGAACCAAAUGAGUAUUUUGCGUCAGUCUUCACAGUGGAAGACAUUAGCAACAUACCUGAUAGCCAGAGGUCUCAGGGAAUAGAAUUAAGUACAGUCAAGAUUACUAGAGAGAAAGUGCUUGGAAAGCUAAAUGGACAAAGAAUAGAUAAGUCUCCCGGACUGGAAGAGGUGCACCCACGGGUUCUGAGGGAGGUGGCUUUGGAGAUUGUGGAAGCAUUGGAAAUGAUCUUCCAGGAAUCAAUAGUCUCUGGCAUGGUUCCGGAGGACUAGAAGGUCGCAAAUGUAGUUCCGCAGUUUAAGAAAGGAGGGAGGCAGCAAAAAGAAAAUUACAGACCUAUUAGUCUGACAUCGAUAGUUGGAAGGUUAUUGGAGUCAAUCCUCAAGGACGAGGUUAUGAAAUACCUUGAGGUGCAUGACAAGAUAGGCCCAAGCCAGCAUGGUUUCAUGAAGGUAAGAUCCUGCCUCACCAACCUAUUGGAAUUUUUUUGAGGUAAUCUCAAAUAAGAUUGAUAAGGGAGAGGCUGUGGUUGUUGUGUAUUUGGAUUUUCAAAAGGCCUUCGAUAAGGUGCCGCAUAUGAGGCUGCUUAAUAAGAUGAGAGCCCAUGGAAUUAUAGGAAAGAUAUUGAAAUGGGUGGAGCAUUGGCUGAUAGGCAGAAAACAAAGGGUAGGAAUAAAGGGAUCCUAUUCUGAUUGGUUGCCGGUUUCUAGUGGUGUUCCGCAGGGGUCACUUUGGGGCUGUUUCUUUUUACGAUGUAUAUCGAUGAUUUGGAUUAUGGAUUAAAUGGUUUUGUGGCUAAAUUUGCGGAUGACACCAAGAUAGGUGGAGGAGCAGGAAGUGUUGAAGAAAUGGAAAGGUUGCAGAGAGACUUAGUCAGUUUAGGAGAGUGGGCAAAGAAAUGGCAGAUGAGAUACAAUGUUGAGAAAUGUAUGGUUGUACAUUUUGGAAGAAGAAAUAAUUGGGCAGAUUAUUAUUUAGAUGGGGAAAAAAUCAGAAGUGCAAAGGGACUUGGGGGUCCUCGUGCAGGAUACCCUAAAGGUUAACCACCAAGUUGGAUUGGCGGUAAGGAAAGCGAAUGCUAUGUUGGCAUUCAUUUCAAGAGGAAUAGUGUAUAAGAGUAAAGAGGUGUUGAUGAGGCUCUAUGGGGCAUUAGUGAGACCUCAUCUGGAAUACUGUGUGCAGUUUUGGGCCCCCUAUCUUUGAAGGGAUGUUCUGAUGUUGGAGAGAGUUGAGAGAAGUUUUACGAGGAUGAUUCCUGGAAUGCAGGGCUAACAUAUGAGGAGCGUCUGUCGGCUCUUGGACUGUAUUCAUUAGAGUAUAGAAGAUUGAGAGGGGAUCUCAUAGAAUACAGUCCAAGACUUUUGCAGUACUUGGAGGCAGAAGUCAUCCUGCUUUCCAUAAGGGGAGAUCUUGGUUGGCAAAUCUGUUGGAAUUCUUUGAGGAGCUCCCCCAUACGGAGCAGACUCGAUGGGCCGAAUGGCCUACUUCUGCUCCUUUGUCUUGUGAUCUGUCCGUUAUUUCCUCAAGUACUGCAAAACGCCAUCCCUAACAAUGGACUCCUAACACCUUUCCAACUACAAGUGUCGGGCUAACUGGUCUGUAAAUUCCAUUCUUCAGCCUGUCUCCUUUCUUAAAGAGUGGAGUGACUUUUGUAAUUUUCCAGUCUGUAACUGUUCUAGCAUGUGGUGAUUUGUGAAAGAUUGCUACUGAUGAGGAGAUGGGACCUCCAUUGGUCACAGUCAACCGUGAAUAUUGCGUCCUUGCUGUCUAGACACGCAAGCCCGGGCGGUACGAUACGGAGAGCGAGCUGUUGCCCCGUGUAGCAAGCUCCCCCUCUCCAGGCAGCUGAUGAACCCAAAGGAACAGCAGAGACCAGUACAGUUUGGCACCAGGAGUUGCCAGUCGGCGUUGAGAUGAGCUUAGGACUGCCUCAGGGGCUCCAGCUCCGGACCGUUCCCUCGGGGUUCACUCCCGAGGCCUUCCCCGCGAGUGGGUACAGCCGCAAAGCAGCGCAGGUUUGAGAUCGGAGUUUUCCUUCUCCUAGAAGAGCUGCCAACCACGGGCUGACGAGCCCCGUCUGCCCAGAGCGACCGGUUUUAAGCCGCCAGUGACCAAACCUUUGCACCUUCUCCUGUCAGCAGAAACGGUUCCAUCGGGCUUCGUAGCUAAGCCACAGGUGAAGGCCGGGAGCUGGGCCUGGUUGUCAGAGGCUAUUUGAGAUGCACGCUAUUGGCAGCAUUUAAUAGGUAGUGGGAGCUAGUCCCCAUUACCACACCCAGCUAUAACAACCUAAGGAACCACUGUGACAAUUACUACUGCUGCCGUCACAAUUUCUUCACCUUCCUCUUUCAGAACCCUGGGGUAUAGUCCAUCUGUCUAGGUGACUUCAAAGUUCGGAGUAAAUUUAUUAUGCUGUCAUCAUAUACAACCCCGAGAUCAAUUUUCUUGCGGGCAUUCGCUAUAACUACAAAGAUACACAGUAGAAUCAAUGAAGAUUUCAAAGGAAGAAGUAUCAGGGAAGGCAGAUGAGCUCAGGGCAUGGAUCAACACCUGGAAUUAUGAUAUUGUAGCCACCAGUGAGACUGGGAUGCAGGAGGGACAGGACUGGCAGCUCAGUGUUCCAGGGUUUCGUUGUUUUAGCCGCGACAGAGCGGGAGAAAGGAAAGGAGGAGGGGUGGCCUUGGGCAGGGAAAACGUCACGGUAGUGCUCAGUCAGGACAGACCUCGACGAGUGAGGUGUUUUGGGUGGAACUGAGAAAUAAGAAAGGUAUGACCACAUUAAUGGGACUAUAUUUUAGACAACCCACCCAACAGUCCAUGGGAUUUAGAGGAGCAAAUUUGUAGAGGGAUUGCAGACUGUACAAGAAACAUUAGGUUGUGAUAGUAGGUGAUUUUAACUUUCCACAUGCUGACUGGGAAUCCCAUACUGUAAAAGGACUAGAUGGGACAGAGUUUGUCAAAUGUGUUCGGGGAAGUUUCCUCCAUCAGUACGUAGAAGCCCCAACUAGAGAGAGGGUGAUACUAGAUCUUCUAUUGGGGAAUGGGACAGGAGAGGAGACAGAAGUUUGUGUAGGGGAGACACUUCGUAUCUAGGGAUCAUAACACCAUUAGUUUCAAGGUAAUUAUGGAAAAGGACAGGUCUGGUCCGUGGGCCAAGAUUCUAAAUUGGAGAAAGGCCAAUUUUAAUGGGAUCAGAAAGGACCUGGCAAGUGUGGAUUGGGACGGGCUGUUUUCUGGCAAAGGUGUACUUGGAAAGUGGGAGGCCUUCAAAAGUGAAAUUUUGAGAGUACAAAGCUUGUAUGUGCCUGUCAGGAUAAAAGGCAAGGAUCACAGGUUUAUGAAACUUUGGUUUUCAAGAGAUAUUGAGGCUCUGGUUGAGAAAUAGGAGGAGGUAGAGGCAGGUAGGAACAAAUGAGGUGCUUAUGGAGUAUAAGAAAGACAAGAGAACACUCAAGAAGGAAACCAGGAGGGCUGAAAGAAGGCAGGAGGUUGCUCUAGCAGACAAGGUGAAGGAGAAUCCUAAGGGAUUCUGCAGAUAUGUUAAGAGCAAAACGAUUGCAAGGGACAACAUUGGUCCUCUGGAAGACCAGAGUGGUAAUCCACGUGUGGAGCCAAAUGAGAUGGGGAAGAUCUUAAAUGGAUUUUUUGCAUUGUAUUUACUUGGGAGAUGGACACAGAGUCUAUAGGAGUGAGAGAAGUGAGGCAAAGCAGCAUCAACUUCAUGGACAGAUUACAGAGGAGGAGGUGUUUGCUGUCUUGAGGCAAAUUAGGGUGGAUCAAUCCCCAAGGGCUGACAAGGUGUCCCCUCGGACCCUGUGGGAGACAAGUGCAGACAUCACUGGGGCCCUGGCAGAGAUAUUUAAAUCAUACUUAGUGACAGGUGAGGUCCCAGAGGAUUGGAGGACAGCCAGUGUUGUUCCACUAUUUAAGAAAGACUAAACAUACACCAGGAAAUUAUAGGCUGGUGAAUCUGACAUUAGUAGUGGGAAAGUUAUUGGAAGGUAUUCCAAGGGACUGGAUAUAUGAGUAUUUGGAUAGGCAGGGAUUGAUUAGGGAUAGUCAGCAUGGCUUUGUGUGUGGUCAGUCGUGUCUAACCAAUCUUCUAGAGUUUUUUUUUGAAGAAAUUACUAGGGAUGAAGGCAAGGCAGUGGAUGUUGUCUAGAUGGACUUUAGCAAGGCAUUUGACAAGGUCCCACAUGGGAGGCUGGUCAAGAAGGUUCAGUCGCUCGGCAUUCAAGAUGAGGAAGCAGGUUGGACAUUGUCCAGAGAGUGGUAGUAGAUGGUUGCCUCUCUGACUGGAGGCCUGUGACGAGUGGAGGGCCACGGGGAUCGGUGCUGGGUCAGUUGUUGUUUGUCAUCUAUAUCACCGAUCUGGAUGAUAAUGUGGUUAACUGGAUCAGUAAGUUUGCAGAUGACACCAAGAUUGGGGGUGUAAUGGACAAUGAGGAAUACUAUCAUGGCUUGCAGAGGGAUCAGGACCAGCUGGAAAAAUGGACUGAAAAAUGGCAGAUGGAAUUUAAUGCAGACAAGUGCAAGGUGUUGUACUUUGGUAGGACCAAUCAGCGUAGGUCUUACACAGUGAAUGGUCGGGCAUUGAGGAGUGUGGUAGAACAGAGGGAUCUGGGAAUACAGGUCCAUAAUUCAUUGAAAGUGGUGUCACAGGUAGAUAGGGUUGUAAAGAAAGCUUUUGGCACAUUAGCCUUCAGAAAUCAAAGUAUUGAGUACAGGAGAUGGGAUGUUAUGUUGAAAUUGUAUCAGACGUUGGUGAGGCCUCACUUGGAGUAUUGUGUGGAGUUUUGGUCACCUACCUACAGGAAAGAUAUAAAUAAGGUUGAAAGAGUACAGAGAAAUUUUACAAGGAUGUUGCCGGGUCUGGAGGACCCGAGUGAUAAGGAAAGAUUGAACAGGUUAGGACUUUAUUCCUUGGGAUAUAGAAGAUUGAGAGGAGAUCUGAUAGAGGUAUACAAAAUUAUGAGGGGUAUAGAUAGGGUAAAUGCAAGCAGGCUUUUUCCACUGAGGUUGGGUGGGACUACAACCAGAGGUCAUGGGUUAAGGGUGAAAGGUGAAAAGUUUAAGGGGAACAUGAGGGGAAAGUUCUUCACUCGGAGGGUGUGGUGAGAGUGUGGGAGCGAGCUGCCAGCACAAGAGGUGCAUGCAAGCUUGGUUUCAAUGUUUUAGAGCAGUUUGAAUAGGUACGUGGAUGGGAGAGGAGAGGUGUGGCGGGCUGUGGUCCCAGUGCAGGUCGAUGGGAGUAGGCAGUUUAAAUGGUUCAGCACAUUUAAACUGGGCUGAAGGGCCGGCUUCUGUGCUGUAGCCUUUUAAGACUCUUUUAAAAAAAAGACUAACAAUCAACCAGUAUGCAUAAGACAACCAAUUAUGCAAAUAUAAAAAGAAAAAGAAAAUAAUAAUAAGUAAUAAACAAUAUCGAGAACAUGUUGUAGAGUCCUUGAAAGUCACUUCUGUUUGCAACUUCACACCUUACGGCUUUCCAAGCACCCUCUCCUUCGCAACGACAACUGCCCUCCCUUCUGCCCCCCAACGCGCUCAAAUUCCCCACCGGCUGCUUCCACAGUGAAGACAGACCACAAAAUACUUACCGAAUUUGUCUGCCAUUUCCUUGUCUCCAUAUGGACUCUUGCACUUGUUUCUGGUCUUCCUGUUACGGGAAGGAUGUGGGGGAUUUGGAGGGGGCGCAGAGGGGGUUUACCGGGAUGCCGCCCGGAUUAGAGGGCGUGUGCGAUAACGAGGGAUUGGACGGACCUGGUUUGUUUCCUCUGGAGCGUCGGAGGUGGAGGGGAGAUCCGAGAGAGGUUUCUAAGUUUACGAGAGUGGAUAGCCAGUGUAUUUCUCCCGGUUUGAAAUGUCUAAUGCCAGAGGGCACGCAUUUAAGGUGAAAGGGCGUAAGUUCAAAGGAGGUGUACGCGUGUCAAAGAAGUUUUAAAAUAAAUCUUGAUACUAGUCUUGAAGUGGUGAAUCUUUUAUUUUCGCGUGAUAUCCUGUUGCACAUAAUAUUUAUUAUAAAUUACUAUAAUUGCACAUUUGAACGGAGACUUAACGUAAAGAUUUCUACUCAUGUAUUUGAAGGAUGUAAAUAAUAAAGACAAUUCAAUUCAAUUCAUGGAUAGUCCACAUGUUUGGAACUCUGAGCUACAGAGGAAUCAGCUUGUGUUUAUACUCGGUAGCAGACAACUGAGGAAAAACCUAUGCCCCCCCCCCCUUAGGUAUCAAAGACAGUCCAUAGAGUCUCUUCUCUUGACUUGUGGUGCCUUUGCCUAAUCUUAUCUUAUUUAUAUGCUGCUGCUGUAAGGGGUAGUAUUAGUGCCUAGCACAAUGAUCUUAGUUAUGUAGAUCUGCAACUUUAUUUGGAAAACACAGGAUGUCCACAAGGUCACAAGGCUUUAGCUCCAGGCUGGUCUUUUAACCCUACAUUUGAAAUUCUCUUCCACAGUGGGGCAAGUUUUGUUUUUUACACGCAGAGCACGACGGGUGCCUGGAAUGUACUGCCUGGGGUGGUGGUAGAGGCAGAUAGGAAAGACUUUAUCUUUUAUUGAGAUUAUUACGUAUUCUGUCUGGGUAGCCUCCAACUUGACAGCAUGAAUAUCAAUUUCUCCUUCCGGUAAACAAAUCCCUCCCCCUCACCGCCCCCCUCUAUUCCACACUCUGGGCUCUUACCCCUUCUCACCUGCCUAUCUCUUCCCCCGGGACCCCUCCUCCUUCACAGUCUCCUAUGGUCCACUCUCCCCUCCUACCAGAUUCCUUCGACCGCUCACUCUUCCCCACAGACGCUGCCCGACCUGCUGAGCUCCUCCAGCAUCUCGAGUGAGUUGCUCUGCAUUUCCAGCGACUGCAGAAUCUCGUGUUUGUAAUUUAUUAAGAUCAUUGUAUAAUAAGAUUAAUAUAAUUUAUAUUAAGAGGCUCUUAUACAGGGAAAUGUACAGUUAAUGCAGAGAAUGGAAGGAUGUAGGCGUUGUGUGGGCCGCAGAGAUUAGUCAGGCAUUUAAUUACUAGGUUAAGGGUUUCCAGC